AGAAGGUUCUAUCCCAGACCGGGCCGGGUGCCUGUCGUUUGGAAUCUGGUCGUGUGAUGUGAUCGUGAGACGCAGAGUGAGAAACCCCCAGCGCAUUGCCCAGCUCAAUGCAACGUCACAAAAUGUUCGCUGAUAAUCCCGCCGUUCGAUAGGAAGGGUGGAGGCUGGAAAAGGCUCAAUCAGCUCGAUUGCGGGUACUUAUGCAGGUAUACUAAUCAACUUAGUACGGCUCUGGGGAGGUAAUUUGUCGACGACGACGGACGUCGCGACGACAGCCUGCCAACAACCUUACGCGGUAGUGAACUUGAUCAUACUUGAACUUGACUCAGUUCUGAUCAGCGUGCGGUAUCGCGACUUACAAAUUCUACACUUACUCCCUGAUCGAAUUGAAAAGUUCUCCUGGAAGCUUUCGAGAAUGGGUGCGAUUUGUUGGUGGAUUUUUUUCGCUUACACCUUUGCGGUCGGAUCUUCUCUUAAGCAGUACGAUAUCCCGGAAGAUCCUCCCGGGGACCUCCGGGAUAACGUCGGAUCAAAAGUAAUCAAUAACGAUCUGGAAAUGGAGCUGGACGUCGAAGGGUUCCAGAUCGAAGACAUCGAUGGUCAACUGACGGUUCCGCAGUUGAUCACCAAGUAUGGCUACCAGUUGGAAACCCAUCGGGUGACCACCGAAGAUGGCUAUAUCCUGACAAUGUUCCGGAUAUUACCGCGUCAGCAACCGGAAACGCCCAAGUAUCCGGUAUUGAUUGUUCAUGGUCUGCUGGGAAGUUCCGCUGAUUUUGUAGUCAGUGGACCGAACCACAGCCUUGCUUACUAUCUGUCCGAUUCCGGGUACGAUGUGUGGCUUGCCAAUGUGCGCGGAACCAGAUAUUCGAAGGAUCACACCGAUCGACCGCUGCAGUCCAGAGAGUACUGGGACUUCAGCUGGCACGAAAUGGGAUACUACGAUAUCCCGUCCAUGAUCGAUUACAUCCUGAAUUCCACCAGUUCCGAAAAGCUGCAGUACAUCGGCCAUUCGCAGGGAACGACCAGCUACUUCGCCAUGAGCUGUAGCCGGCCGGAGUACAACGAUAAGGUCGUCCUGGUGACGGCUCUUGCUCCGGCCGUUAUACUCAAACAGGUCAGGAGUCCCAUUCUGAGGCUGAUGUUGAGGGUGGCCGAUACCCUGAAGGACGUUUUGGAUUCGAUGGGGGUGUACGAGUUUUUGCCCUACAAUCCCAACAACUACUACGUGGCUCGAUCAAUUUGUCCGAAGGAGGAGAAAAAUAGUAUUUGCUCGCUGCUGGUGGCUCUUAUCACCGGACCGCAUCCGGAGAUGUAUGAUGAGCAACUGGCUCUUGCCUACAUGGGACAUGCUCCAGCUGGCGCAUCCACCAAACAGCUGAUGCAUUUCGUCCAGUUGGUUCGAAGUGGCCUGUUCCGACAAUUCGAUUACGGCAAGAAGGGCAACCUGCAAACGUACAGCAACUGGAAAGCUCCCCAAUACAACUUUUCCAACUCGAAGGCACCGGUCCAGAUCUUUUAUGGACUGAACGAUUGGAUGGUACACCCGCGGGAUGUGGAGGAGUUUUCCCGGAUGCUGCCCAACCUGUUGGAGGCAGCCCCGAUUGUGGACAAAAAGUUCAAUCACCUGGACUUUCUGAUGGCAAAAAAUGCCCGGCAGCAGGUGUACGAUAAGAUGCUGCCGGUGAUGGAACGAUACAAUCGAGUUUAGAUAAUCGUUCGUGAGAAUUGAUUCGUCGAUUCUCAACGCUGUUUUCAUCUAGAUUUCAUAGAAUGUAAUUAAACGUUGAUUGUUCGUAGAAAGAUACAAAGAUCUCUCUCGGAUAGCUGAUCCAUUCCGAAAUCUUUCCAUCAUAAUCUAUGAUAGCGAAAAGUUCAGCCACGUGGUUUUAAUCAACAAUAUUUUUUAGUGUUAUUAUGUGUGUUAUUGGAUAGAAAAGACUUCACUUUUUUUUGCAACAAUAAUUUAAUAACCACAUUUGUACAAAUAUUUACAUUAAAACAUAAAAAUCUUCGUGUCCUAGAUCAGUUAACAUUUGCCUCGACAGUUAAACCUUUUUCCAACUAGCUGUAGCUCCGUCCAUCGGAAUCUUCAAUGUUUCGGACAAUCUCCUCAUAAAGUACCUCCCGCACCGAAUUGGCCAGGAUGAAAUCGACAUGGCUGAACCGUUUAUCCGGCACCGGGUAGCUUCCGAUGACGUUCGGCACUUCCUGUUCCAGCUGCAGCACAUUCAGAUAGUUUACCGUGUUGUCGUUGUAUCCGAAGUAGGUCCGGACCGGGGCCGUCACCUGCGAUAGGUUGUACCGGGGCACUUCCCCAUAGCCACCGUACGCUGCUCGGUUCAGCACCGGAUCUUCGUAGUCCACCUGCCGGAACAGCCCAUCCCGGAUGAUCUGAGCGUAGUGGCCAACCUGCUUCAGGGAGGCACCGGCCGGGAAGUGACCGAAGAAUAUGCGCAGCAUUCUCUGUUUGAUGAAAGUUAGAACAUUAGCUGUGUGUUGCAAACUCUCUGGAGCCACUAUCAAGAGCCACGGAAAAAAUCUUCAUCAAUCAGAAACUCACCGCGUCCAGCUGAUCCGGGUUGGCACCAACAAUAUCGUAGAUCACCGAACGGCACAGAGUUUGGGCUGGCGCUGGACACAGCCAACGAAACAGGAAGUACUGCUGCUCGAAGUUAGGUAGUAUUUCGUAUUGACCCGCUUUGAUAAAAACCUGCGCCAGCUGCCGAUAGCUCACCGAAAGCAGCCGCAGGAAGGAACUUAAACUGCGGUACAUGUAAACUGCCGGAGAAAGGGCAUGCAGCUGGAUGAUCUUGUCGUUGUACUCCGGUCGACUGCUCAGCGCCACAAAGGCCGUCAUGGCUCCCUGGGAAAAUCCAACGUAGUGUAGCUUGGAUGCCGCCGUUUGAUCCAGGACAUAGUCGAUCAGCGAAGUAACAUCGUAGAAACCGAUCUCGUGGAAGCUGAAGUCCCAAAAGGUGGGGUUCUUGGUCGACAGUAGCUUGUGCUUCCGGGAGUACCGGGUGCCCCGGGCAUUUCCCAUCCAAACGUCGUAGCCCAGGUUGGACAGAAGAUAGGCCAGUCCGUGCUGCCUUCCUAUCAGGACCCAAUCGGAACAGCUGCUGAAUAGGGAAUGCAUCAUAAACACCGGAUGCUUCCGGGAGGGUCGCCGGGGGAUGAUUCGGUACAUGCCCAGUAGAUAACCGUCCGGUGUUUCGACCUGGUGUUCCUGCACCUGGUAGCCAUAUUUGCGGAUCAGUUGAGGCUGUGGGAUGCAAGGAGCGAAAUGUUAACGAGGGUUUUGUGGUUUAUCGGCGGCAAAUCUGGACAGCUUAAAAUAUUUUAAGAAUUUUAUUUUUCAAUUCCUUUAGCCCAAAAAGAUAGAUAUUGUUUUUCUGAAUGGAUCGUG